UGGGGUGGGUUUCGGCAUGAUACAUCCAGCCCGUGGGCGGGCAAUUUGACACCCCUGCAUUACAUCAUUACAUAAGCUGUUUAGCUAUUACCCUGACAUUUAGAAAAAUUUAAUUAAACAAUGUUGUAAUCUGCCUAGAAAUCUUCCAUUUCAGGCAUUAUCAUCACCUCAUGUGAAGAGAAGAGCACGAGUCCUUUACUAAGAGUGAUCAUCUCAAUUGAUUCCUUUACCAUUGUUUGUUUCAUUACAUCCUGGUCAAAGUUAUAACAACAAUAAUGGAAUGUUAAUGUUAAUUCAGCAUUAGCCCUGUUUAAACAGAAUCAAACUUAGAACCUCUAAUUGCAAUUGUAUGGAUUCUUUUUUUCCCCUCCAUUCAUUCAGUUCUUGGACACUGCCUGGAGAAGACCCUGCAGUUUUUUUGGCAAGGCUUUUUAGAAGUGGUUUGUCAUUAUUUUCUUCAUAGGGCUUAGAGAAAGUGAGUGGCCUAAGAUUAUCAUGCCCAAGGUAAGACUAAACCUCACUGUCUCCGUUUCAGUAAGUAAGAAUUCAUGAAAGCCAGUUUAGUGCAGUGCUUAAGUCAUCAGGCUAGAAACUGAGAUGGUGAGGUUUAGUCUUGCCUUGGGCACAAUGUAGGUGACCGUAGGCCAGUCACUUUCUCUCGGCCCUACAAAGGAAGCAAUGGAAAACCAUUUCUGAAAAGCCUUGCUAAAAAAAACCCUGCAGGGGCUUGUCCAGGCAGUGUCCAAGAAUUGGAUACAAUUGAAUGGCUGGAGGAAAAAAAAAAUCAUACAAUUGCAAUUAGAGGUUCCAAGUUUGAUCAGACUCAAAAACUCCCAACACCCACAGGCAGAGCAACAUCUAUAUCAUUCCAACCACUAGGAGUAGCUCAGGGAGUCCCCAUUGAACUCAACCAGUCCUCUGAUUCAAGGAGCCCCCAGUCUAGUCCUUGGCGUAACCCUGAACUCGGAUAGAUGCUUCUCAGUCAGCAAAAGGCGAAAUGGUCAGUGUAUGGCAGCUUUUUAUGUUCCGUGAACAUAAUAAGGGUCAUUCUACGGCACUUCUGCUCGUUCUUGCAAAUUCAUUGUAACAUCUGAACACAGGCCUAAGAGCUGCUGGUUUUGUAUUCAGACCCGGAUGCCUUCUCUAUGGCUUCUUAUGGAGGGUGGCACUUCUUACAAUUAGGCUCUGAAGACUGACCCCCAAAUACAAGUUGCCUGAUCAUUACAGGGCAGAGGGUUAUCUCAAUCGUCUGCCAUUUCCUUGGAUUCUGCUACAUAUUUUGUUUCCUUCAGAGGCUUAAACAAGCUCCGGCCGAAGAGCAGAAUUCCCUUUCUCUUUUUCCUCCCCAAAGAUCCCAGCAGCGGCGCUUCAGAGCCAGCCGCGAGGCAAAAUGCGAGAGUUUCGACUCGGCUUUUCCAAUCCGCUGGCCAAGUCCUCGGAAGGCAGGCGGGGAGGAAAGAAACUUCUCGCCACCGCUCUUGUUGGCCGGGCGGCGGCUACCAAGCCCACUUCCUCCUCCGCUGCUUCUGGCAGGCUUGCAGGAAAACCGCGGGGACGAGAGGCCGGCCUGUAAUCAGAGCCGCGCAGCUGGAGAGCCUCCUGCCUCUCGGAAAAAGCAAGACUCCCCCGAGGAAACGCGUGAGGGAGGGCUCGCCAGCCGCGGCACAAAGACGCUUCCUGCCUCGCCAGACCGGCUACCCUUGCCGCCAUAAUGCCAGGUCAGACUUAUUGUGAUCGUUUGCGACAGGACACGGCUUUUCUAACAAGCAAUGGCAGACUGAGUGAACAGCUGGUUGAUAAAAUUAUUCUUCAGCUAAAUCGAGUUUAUCCCCAAAUUCUCACCAUUAAAGAAGCUGAAAAGUUUCGGAAUCCCAAAGUUCCUCUUCAUAGUCGGCUAUCAAACCUUAUAGCUCACUUGAAAAAGAAAGGGGACAAACCCUGUCAAGAAUUUUACCGAGCUUUACACAUCAAUGCUGAGCAUCUGUAUAACAACUUGCCGAGCAGGAAAACUCUAAAAACCUCAGAUUCCACAGGGAUAAACCCUGAGAAGGAGAAAUAUAUUCUAAAUGACAGGGGUCCUGCAUUCUUUCUUGCCUGCUUCAGUGUUGCUGCAGGGUUAGCAUUCUUCAUGUAUUGCUGGAAUCCAGACUCCAGAGUCCUGGGAAAAGCCAAGAAGGUGCUGGGAUUUUCCCCAAUUAUCGUAGGAAGACAUGUUAGCAACAUCUGUAUGUUAUACAUGGAAGAUUCAUCAGGAAGACAGUAAGAAUAAACAGGGCAGCAUCAAAUUUCCAUGCCAAUAGCACGGAUGCUUCGCAAGCAAUUACAUUUUUUUAUACCAAAGAUAUAACUCAGUUGCUUUAGCAGUCUUUGCUGCUUCAAAGGGCUUUCAGAAGAUCACUUGUGCUUGCCUUUUACUUGUGGAGCAGAUAUUUUAUUUUUAUACAAGCUUUUUUAAAAAAAUAUUUAUCACCUUGAUAAAAUAUAUUUUAAUGCAACUAAGCAUUUUAACAUGCCCUAAUUCAUUGCAAAGUCUUGAGAG